AGGAUUAAGCUCUUCUGUAAGCUUCUUUCAUUUUUUUAAUAAAUACUUUUUUCUUUCCACAGCAGGUUUCUCUCUUUGUUUUGUUUGCAUCUUCGCCUCUUUUGCUUUCUCGCGCACGCUUACACACUUGCUUCUCGUCAACAUCGCAGCUCACGGCUGGUCUCUUUUUCUGCCUCGCAAGAAUUUAAGUACACUUUUUUUCACUUCAGUUUUUGCGUUGCCUGGCUUGCUUCCUGCUGCAUUAACCGAGUUUGUUCGUUGUAUUUCUCAGUAGAACACCAAUAAAGAACGAAAAUUAGACAAACAGAGAAAAGACACGCCAUGUCCACCAUUGCCAUGGUUCGUGAUCCCGUGCAGGCGUCAGCCGUGCCCAUGAGCGAGGCUGCGCUUAAGCGCGAGAUCGUGCAGCAGGAGGAGCGCGAGAUCGUUGAUAACAAGUCGCAGGUGUUUCCGAGGUCGCCCGCGGAGCUGAAGACGGAGGAGCUCGUCCCGGAGACGCACCCUUUUGUGCACAACGUCUCCAUCUGGACGACGGCGACGAGCUGCUUAACGCUGCUCAUCUACCUCUUCUUCGCCUGGGUGCGGGAGGGUUACCGCCAGUUCUUCCCGAAUGGCGAGAACCACGCCCGUCACGGCUACGCCCCCAUUGUGCGAGACUUCGACCACUAUUGGAACCGCCGCUUCUACCGCCGCAUCCGCGACUGCUUCAUGCGCCCGAUUGACUCUCGCCCGUCCCGCGUGAUUGGCGUGAUGGAGCGCGUCUCUCACGACUACAACAACACCUUCACCUACACCGGCCGCGUGGUGCCGGCCGUGAACAUGGGGUCGUACAACUACCUGGGCUUUGCCGAAGACACGCAGUCCAUCACGCACGACGUGCUGGACUCGAUCGACGACUACGGCCUCGCCUCGUGCAGUGCCCCACAGGAAUUGGGGCAGAGCGCCGUGGUGGCCCGCCUGGAGAAGGAGUUCGCGGAGUUCGUGGGCAAGGAGGACUCCAUCGUGUGCGGCAUGGGCUUCGGCACGAACUUUCGUGGUCUGCCCGCGCUCUUCGGCAAGGAGGCGCUGGUGCUGUCCGACAACCUUAACCACUCCUCCCUCGUCAACGGUGUGCGCUCGGCUGGCGCGAAGGUGAAGGUCUUCCAGCACGACCACUUCGACCAGGUCGAGCAGCUGCUGCGCGACGGCGUGGUGCUCGGCCAGGACCCCAGCGGCGAGUACAAGCCCUACCGGCGCAUUGUCAUUAUUAUCGAGGGCAUCUACAGCAUGGAGGGCGAGAUUGUGAACCUGAAGAAGUUUGUGGAGUUGAAGAAGAAGUACGGCGCGCUGCUGUUCAUGGACGAGGCGCACUCCAUCGGCGCCAUCGGCCGCACGGGCCGCGGUGUCUGCGAGCACACCGGGGUGGACCCGCGGGAUGUGGAUAUCCUGAUGGGCACCUUCACCAAGAGCUUCGGCUCCAUCGGCGGCUACAUCGCAUCCGACAAGAAACUCAUCCACUACCUUCGCCAGCAUAGCUCCAUCGCAUUGCACUGCGACCCGCUCGCGCCGCCGUGUGCGCAGCAGGUGCUCUCCGUGCUGCACGUCCUGCUCGGCAAGGACGGCACCGACCUCGGCCAGAAGCGCAUCCGCCAGCUGAAGGAGAACUCUGCGUUUUUCCGCCGCGGUUUGAUUGACCUGGGCUUUGUCGUGCUCGGCGACGACAGCAGCCCUGUCGUGCCGGUGAUGUGCUACAACCUCGGCAGGCUUAGCCCGCUCUCGCGCCUGUGCCUGGAGCGCGGAGUGGCGAUCGUCGUCGUCGGCUACCCCGCUACGCCGUUGCUGGAGGGCCGCAUUCGCUUCUGCGUCUCUGCCUGCCACACCCGUGAGGACCUGCAGCACACCAUCGACGUCAUGAAGGAGCUUAAGGACUACGUCUACAUGGACUGCACCAAAGUCAAGUAA